AUGCUCACCAUAGAUGAUGUCCUGGAACAGGUUGGGGAGUUUGGCUGGUUCCAGAAGCAAGCCUUUCUGACUCUAUGCCUGCUGUCUGCUUCCUUCGCCCCCAUCUACGUGGGUAUUGUCUUCCUGGGCUUUACUGCUGACCACCACUGCCGGAGUCCAGGGGUGGCUGAGCUCAGCCAGCGGUGUGGCUGGAGUUGGGACGAGGAGCUGAACUACACGGUGCCUGGGCUGGGGGUCACAGGCGAUGCCUUCACCCGCCAGUGUCUCAGGUAUGAGGUGGACUGGAACCAGAGCACCCUCGGCUGCGUGGACCCACUGGCCAGCCUGACCACCAACAGGAGCCACCUGUCGCUGAGCCCCUGUGAACAUGGCUGGGUGUACGACACAUCCGGCUCCUCCAUUGUGACCGAGUUUAACCUGGUGUGUGGCGAUUCCUGGAAAGUGGACCUGUUUCAGUCCUGUGUGAAUGUGGGCUUCUUCCUCGGCUCUUUGGGAGUUGGCUACAUUGCAGACAGGUUUGGCCGCAAAGUUUGUCUCCUGGCGACUGCCCUCAUCAAUGCUGUCUCAGGAGUUCUCAUGGCCUUUGCACCAAACUAUGCAUCCAUGGUGUUCUUCCGCUUGCUUCAGGGGCUGGUCAGCAAAGGCAGCUGGACGGCAGGCUACAUCCUGAUCACAGAGUUCGUUGGCUUGAGUUACAGGAGGACAGUGGCCAUCUUGUACCAGGCAGCCUUCACGGUGGGCCUGCUGCUGCUUACAGGCAUUGCCUACAUUCUGCCCCACUGGCGCUGGCUCCAACUGACCGUCUCCCUGCCCACCUUCCUCUUUGCCCUCUACUACUGGUGUGUGCCUGAGUCUCCACGCUGGCUACUGUCUCAGAAGAGGGACCAGCAGGCAGCCAGGAUAAUGAGCCUCAUUGCCCAGAAGAAUGGGAGACUGCCUCCUGCUGAUUUCAAGAUGCUCUCCCUUGAAGAGAACUUCACUGAGAAGCUGAACCCCUCCUUCGCAGACCUGUUCCGCACGCCGUGCCUGAGGAAGCACACCUUCAUCUUGCUGUACCUGUGGUUCACGAGUUCUGUGGUCUAUCAGGGCCUCAUCAUGCACAUGGGUACCACUGGUGGGAACAUCUACCUGGAUUUCUUCUACUCUGCCCUGGUUGAGUUCCCUGCUUCCUUCUUCAUCCUCCUUACCAUCGACCGCGUUGGCCGCCUCUACCCACUGGCUGUAUCGAAUAUGGUGGCAGGUGUAGCCUGCUUUGCCAUGAUUUUCAUCUCGCAUGAUCUACACUGGUUGAAUAUCAUGGUAGCUUGCAUUGGCAGAAUGGGAAUCACCAUUGUAUUUGAAAUGGUCUGCCUAGUGAAUGCUGAGCUAUACCCUACAUUUGUCAGGAACCUUGGAGUGAUGGUGUGCUCUUCCCUGUGUGAUGUGGGUGGAAUCAUCACCCCCUUCAUUGUCUUCAGGUUGACAGAGGUUUGGCAAGGCUUGCCUCUUGUGUUAUUUGCGGUGUUGGGCCUGGUGGCUGGAGGAGUCACGCUGCUGCUUCCAGAGACCAAAGGGAGGACUUUGCCGGAGACCAUCGAGGAUGCUGAGAACUUCUGGAGGAAAGCAAAGCCCCAAGAAAACACAAUUUAUCUUCAGGUUCAGAUGUCAGAAUUCCUGGCACCUGAGAGAAAUGCUUCCUUGGGGGCUGAUGAUGUGCGGACGUUCUGGAAAUCCUCCUCUCCACACGCUUCCUCAUACUGUCUGCCCUCAAAUUAA